AUGCCUAACGACUACAGCGGCCUUCGAUGGGGUGUGGCGACAGCGUCCCUCGGCAUGAACCCUAUCCAUGACAUCUGUACCAAAUUCGAUGCCCUUCAGAAAGCCGGUUUCACCUACACUGAAGUUGGCUUUGGCGAAUAUGUCGCUUGGGUCAGGUCGGAGCUUCCCAACCUGCCUGCCUCCACUUGUCCACCCGAGUGGUCUGAGGGAGGUGAACCCGACCCAUCCGACACUGAAAUCUGGGACGCCUUCUACGCCAAGACCGACAGCUUCAAGGCUCUUGCUGCCAAGUAUGGGCUCACCAUCCUUAUCCUCCAGCCCCUGAACCAGUUUGACGGCUGGCCUGAGGGUUCGAAGAGGGCCGAGUGGGUCAGGAGGAAGGCGGAGAAGUGGUUGGUCCUUUGCUCCAAGCUUGGUGUCGAGCAGAUUCAGGUCGGAUCAAACGACUAUGCCGAGGCUAAUGCCCCUGACGAGAAGACUGCCGACGAUCUGCGCUGGCUUGCAGAGUACGCGUCCAACCUCAGCCCUCCCGUCAAGAUUGCCUACGAAAGCUGGUGCUUCUCUGAGCGCGUCAACACAUUUGAACACACCUGGAAGAUUGUCCAGAUUGCUGAUCACCCCAACCUGGGUCUCUGCCUCGACACCGCUCACCCUCCCCUUGCUCCCGAGUACGGCUGGAACCCGACCACGGGCGAAGGCUGGACCGACGCCAUCUACGCCGACUUUAUCGAGCGCGUCAAGGCUGUUCCCAAGGAAAAGAUCUUUUACGUUGAGCUCUCCGAGGUGCUCAAGCCAGUUGUCCCUCUGGGCAAAGGCUCUGAAUUCGACGAGUGGAGAGCCGCUGGCAACACUACCAGAAACGAUUACUUCAUCUGGGCUGCCCUUGGACGACCUUUACCUCUUGUCGGGAAAAAUGCGGGUGAGAGUGUCAAGGAUGGGAAUGAUAUGGGUCAUGCGAAUGCUUUGCAAACUUUCAAGGCCGUCUUGGACCAGGGAUGGAGUGGUAUCGUCAUGUUCGAGUUCUUCGAGGUUCUCCGGAUGAGCCCUGCCGACUCCAAUAUUCCUUACAAAUACGCCAAUGGUGCCGCCCUGUCCGAGAAGAGGUUGUUGAAGGCCCUCCAAAAGUGA